AACAAAUCCUGAUCUUUCCUUGGAAGUUCAGAGAUUGAAGCUGAACUUGUUCUAUAGGAAGAUACUGCUCUAGGGAUUUUUAGAGAUGCCUAGGGAUUUGUCAAGAUCGAGGUCACCGUCUCCAUCACCUUCACGUCGCAGAAAGAAGUCAAGGUCUCCUGUAAGGCAUAGGCAUAGCAGGAGGACUAGAAGAGAUAGAAGUCCUUCUCCAUACUCUUCUUAUUCGUAUAGCAGGUGAUACCCGUAAUGUUUUCUUCGCUUUUCCUUUGUUAUCAUCAUUGGUUUAUUACACGAAUAGAACUGUCAGAAAGAUUGGUCCAACCCGUUUGUUUAUAGAAUAUGUAAUGUUUACAUAGUUAAGUUGUACGCAUAUCUCAUCUUUCUCAAUUGCUUUUAUCAAAGUUCCCACUUAUAUUUCUACCCUUCCCUCAAAGGGAGUGCAAUGUUUGGAUGCUGCUGGCUCUAUCGUAAAAGCCUUUAGUGAUGUUUCGUUUUGGCAAUAUGUUGUUUUUAUUUGGCUGUUGUUAGCAGUGUAUAAAGUUGCGGUUUUAGGCAAUGCAGCCUGAAUCAGUGAAGACAUAAGUGAAGUUGAAAUAUUAAGAGUACUGAUUUUUUGCUUUAGUAUAUAUCCUAGUGGUAUGUCUAGAUGGCGUGAUUUUUUGUUAGAAUCAGUUUCAGGAGCAACUGUUAAGUUAUUUUUAAGUGAAGUUUGUAUUUGUUAGUAAUGAAGAGACAAAACCAUUACAUUUUUCUCGGUAAGUUAAUAUAGUAAUUUGUUGAGAACAUGGCUGAAAAGUUAGGAAAAUGAUACAUGCUCUUACCAUUAUAAAAAGCUCAAUUUCUUCCCGUUCCACGGGAGGGGAAAUGAGCUGCUGAUGGAUAGCUGUUUGGUGUUAUUUCAUUGAUCCCUUGUCUCGUUAGCUUCUUCGUGUGAUAAAAGUUGGAGCUGAUAAUUCUUUACAGUGUAUGAGACGAAAAAGUCGUUCUAUUUCUCCUAAGCGCCACCGAAGUCGAUCUGUUACUCCUAAGAGACGUUCUCCAACUCCAAAACGUUACAAAAGACAAAAGAGUAGAAGCUCAACUCCAUCUCCUGCAAAAAGAUCUCCUUCCGCAACCCUCGAGUCAGCUAAACAUAGGAAUCGAGAAAAACUUAAAAGAGAAGAGGAAGAGCGAAAAAGGCGACAACGUGAAGCGGAACUGAAGCUAAUAGAGGAAGAAACUGUGAAACGGGUUGAAGAAGCUAUUCGAAGAAAGGUCGAAGAAAGCUUACAGUGUGAGAAAAUCAAAAUGGAACUUCUAACGCUGCUGGAGGAAGGGCGGAAGAGACUUAUUGAAGAAGUCGCGGUUCAACUUGAUAAGGAGAAGGAGGCUUCUCUUAUCGAGGCUAAAGAAAAAGAGGAUGCGGUGUUUGUCGCAGGAAAGAGAGCAACAAGAGAAAGAAGAGAUGGAGAGAAUAGCAGAGGAGAACCUAAAGAGAGUGGAAGAAGCUCAGAGAAAAGAAGCAAUGGAGAGGCAAAGAAAAGAGGAGGAACGGUAUCGGGAGCUCGAGGAGCUGCAACGACAGAAAGAAGAAGCGAUGCGAAGGAAGAAAGCGGAGGAGGAAGAAGAACGUCUCAAACAGAUGAAACUGUUAGGUAAAAACAAAUCACGGCCUAAAUUAUCUUUUGCCUUAAGCUCCAAGUGAAUGCAGGAAGAUAAAAAGGAUUGUGAUAUGGAUAUGUAUCUUUCUUCAUCUCAAAAUUGCUUUAUGAUUAUUGUUAUUAGUGCUACCUUGUUGGAGCUGAAACUUUAUUAUGGCUUUUAUUUUUCAAAUGUAAUUCUAGUUUCUCGUUUGUAAUUUUACGUUAAGUUAAUGGUUGGAUGGAGAAGGUGGUGAAUGAUGAUGAUACACACACUGGUCAUUCUUCUUUUUAAUCUA